AUGGGAGUGGAAAGCCGUUUAAAGCUUGAAACACGGUUGAGAUCUCUAGAAGGAAAAGAUUUAGGACGUCUGUCUGGCUCAGCUAAAGGCAAACCAAAGAUUGAAGUUUAUGACAAGGAUAAAAAGAUUGGAUCUGGAGGUCUUAUUACUCCUGCUAAGACUUACAACACAGCUGCAGACUCUCUUCUUGGACAAACUUCCACAGCUGAGAACGGUGUCAAAGAGAAGAAAGAUAAAAAGAAGAAGAAGAAGACUGUUGAUGCAGAGGAAGAAGCCAAAACCGAGGAACCGUCUAAGAAGAAGUCGAAGAAGAAGAAAACAGAAGUAGAAACUGAACCUGAAGAGCCCAAAACAGAGGAACCGUCAAAGAAGAAGAAGAAGAGGAAACAUGAGGAAGAAGAAACAGAAAUGCCAGCCAAGAAGAAAGAAAAGAAGGAUAAGAAGAAAAAGAAGAGUGAGGUCUGAAGAGAAGUUUAAAGUUUUGAAUGUGUACGCUUAUUAUCUUUAUAACGUUUUAUCAGGAAAAACAAUCCACAAAAAAUGUCGUGUUUAAGUUUUGCUUAAGAACUGCUUAUGGUUUUGUAAGGUAAUGUGUUAGUCAUUUUCCUAGAAACUUAAAUUUCUAUUUAACGAAUUUGAAUGAAGCAACUGAUAAAG